AUGGGGGUAAACUUCCAAGACAGCCACAUACGAUUCUUAGAGCUUGUGAGUCAUGUAACAAAACCAAAGAGAAGUUUUGGAAGAAAUUUGAAUUUGUAUGAAUGGCUUAGACUUAACAAGAAGAAGCCAUUUCCCUUGGAGUUUGAUAUCACGGGGAGACUAUAUACGGUCGUUGGAGAUAACUAUCAGGUUUAUAUACGCUUGGUCUCGAAUGAGGUUGCAAAGAAUGUCCCCUUUCACUAUGUCCCUGAAGAUUAUAAAAAGAAAAAUCUAUCCCACCUUACAUAUUAUUUCCGUGACACGCCUCAUUGGAAUAACAUUGUGCAAGGAAUUGACGCAGAUUUCAAAGCAAGUUACAGGCGCCGCAAAUCUAAGACAGAAUGUCUCAAACAUUCACUUGGAGAAAGAAGCAAUCAUACAAGAGGUAUCGGAAGAAAAGUGAAAAAUAUAGCACCAUAUUAUGUGCCAAGUACAUCAACCAAUGCCCAAAACUUCAAUGCAUUUGCUCAAGAGUUGACUCAACAAUUUACCGAACAAAUGCUUCAAAUGUUCUUAUCUCAAAAUCCAAACACCCAACCACCACAAUUUCAAAUUACUUUUGAUCCUUCCCGACUACAAGUUCCAAACGUUCAUGAUGUCGAUGAAGAAGAUGAAGAAAAUCAAAGAUAUGAAAAUGAAGAUGAUGAAAAUGAAGAAGAUGAUGUAAACGAAGAAUGA